GUCACCUUAGUUGUUUUCUUGCUGUGGCAACUGACCUCUACAGUUAUUUUUUCUUCAAUAAAAAUCAAGGUCCGAUUCUAGAUGCUUCAUGCAAGGCAAAGUCCACGGAGCUCCGGCACACCGCACACCAGCUACCGGAACAUAGCUAACCGGGUGUUCUACUUUUCUUUUUGACUUGCUCAUCCUUUUUUCUGAUUGUUGGUAUCGGCGAAUUUUGGAUCACCUUGGUGAUUUGGACUAUUGGUGACUUGUGAAUUGCUUCGGUAUUGGUGGGAAGUCUUGAAUACAUUAUAAUGUUAAAAUCCUCCUUCCCUUACAUUACUGGCUCCACCACUUAUCUGGUUGAGAAUAAUUUGUUAUCUAAUGGUGUUCUUCCUUAUGCUUCAAUAAUCGCAGGCAUAUUGGUUUGCAAAGUGGUCUAUGAUCUUACCCAGUUGUUUAGUGCUCUAUACUUCAAGAGUUAUGGUGGCCUUAAUAGAGUACAAAAGAUUGAGUGGAGCAAUCGUGGCAUCUCGACAGUCCAUGCUCUUUUCAUUGCAGCUAUGUCUUUAUAUUUCGUAUUCUGGUCGGACUUGUAUGCUGAUUAUCAAACAAAUGGGUCUGUCACAUUUCGUAGCUCAACACUUUCAACCUUUACCCUUGGAGUAUCUGUUGGCUACUUUAUUGCAGACCUGGCAAUGAUCAUGUGGCUUUAUCCUUCUUUGGGUGGAAUAGAGUAUGUCAUACAUCAUUCUCUCUCUGGCAUUGCUGUUGCGUAUGCUAUGUUCUCUGGUGAAGGACAACUUUAUACUUUCAUGGUCCUCAUUUCUGAAGUGACAACACCUGAGAUUAAUAUGCGUUGGUUUCUUGAUACAGUUGGAUUGAAGAAAUCUCAUGCAUAUCUUAUUAAUGGAAUUAUGAUUUUUUUUGCUUGGUUGGUUGCAAGAAUUCUGCUCUUUGUUUACAUGUUCUACCAUGUUUACUUGCACUAUGAUCAGGUUAUGCAAAUGCACGUAUUUGGUUUCUUUUUGGUGUUCGUCGUGCCAUCGGUGCUUGCUGCGAUGAACUUGAUGUGGUUCGGGAAGAUUCUAAAAGGACUAAAAAAGACUUUGGCUAAGAGGCAAUGACAUACUAAUUAGUAUAAUUAGUAUGGAUAUGGAAUGUCAUUUUUUCAUCAGAUUUUUUGUUCAUUGGUGUAAAAAUGUGGGUUUGAAAAUCUGGGGAUGGGAACAUCAAGUAACUUCACUUACAAUAGGAUUAUUAUUACUUGUAAAUAGCUGAAAUUGGCAUCACAUGUAUUAAUAUUUAAGUACUGAUUACUUAACACUCUUGCUUGAUCAAUACUCCCUCCUGUCUUGAUGAAUCUGUUCUAUUUUUUCGUUUUUAAUCCAUUCCAAUAAAUUUGGCCCAUUUCGUCCUUUUUUACCCUUUAUGUUCUCUCUUAUUUCUAAGUAAAUAUAAUGAGUGGAAAAAUUAAGAGAAGUGGAUAAAUUUGUAUUUUAUAAGAAGUUGGAAAAAUGUAUGGAUAAAUUGAAAAGGUUGUUAAAUUAGGCUGGACUUAUUGUGAAUGCCAGCAUAUUAACGGGGGGAAACAAGUGCACACACUUCAUAAGCCAAGGAGAUAAAUACC